GCUGUUGGCAAACCAAGUUCCACGCGCGCAGAGAGAGGAGGAGGGAGAAAACAGAAGAGGGGAAGAUAGAAACUUUAUGUGGUGGAUGAGAAACAAGCUGAGGUGGACAACUUGAGAGGAGAGGAGGCAUCAUUGGUGACACCUCUGAGCUGAAGUCCAGUCUGCAACCAGACCGAGAGGAGAGAAGGAAGUGACCUGAAGGAGCCCAGCUCAUCCUACUGUUUCUACUGAAGAAGUCUCCAUUCACUCUGCCGUCCAGACUGGAGUAUGCCCUGCCAUCCCUGUCACCCCAUGCAGUCAGCAUGAUCUCCUACUCCCCUCUGGCCACCCUGCUGCCCUGGUCUGUGGGUCCCAACCAGCACUGCAAAGCCCUGGACUGCUCCUUACUGCUGGAGGGGGAAGGAGGUGUCGCCCUGCAAAGGUACCAGCCUCGCUCCCCGGAAAGCGGCAACCGCCACUGGAGCUCGGUGCAGGACUGGGGGGAGGAAGUAGAGGAAGGAGCCAUCUACAACGUGACACUGAAGAGGGUUCAAAUUCAGCAGGCGGCCAACAAGGGAGCAAGAUGGCUAGGGGUGGAGGGGGAUCGUCUACCUCCCGGCCACACGGUGAGCCAGCUGGAGACCUGCAAAAUCCGAAGUAUUCGUGCUGGAACACUGGAGCGUCUGGUGGAGACGUUACUGACAGCGAUUGGAGACAACGACCUCACCUACACCUCCAUCUUCCUGUCCACCUACAGAGCCUUUGCCAGCACACAGACUGUACUGAAGCUUCUGCUAGACAGGUACGGAAGUUUGGAAGAACAUGAGCAAGACACGAGCAAAUGCAAAGGCUCGGAAACUAAUGUAGCCAUCAGAAGUGCCUUGGCCUCUAUCCUGCGCGCCUGGCUGGACCAGUGCCCCGAAGACUUCCAGGAGCCGCCGGACUACCCCUGUCUCCACAGGCUGAUGGACUACCUGCGCAUGGCCCUGCCAGGCUCGGAGGCUCUGAGACGGGCAGAGGGUCUGCUGGAGCAGCUGCAGAGUCAGGCCGGCAUGGACGACACUGACGUUGGUUUCCACGGCAACAGUUCUUUCUGCCUGGGGGAAGAGGAGGAAGUGGAGAUCGAGGUCCAGGAGGACUUCCUGUCGCUUGACGCCGACCUGGUGGCCGAGCAGCUAACCUACAUGGACGCUCUGCUGUUUAAAAAGGUUGUGCCGCACCACUGCCUGGGCUCUAUCUGGUCUCAGAGGGAUAAGAAGCACAACAAGCACAGCGCUCCCACCGUUCGUGCCACCAUUACGCAGUUCAACGCUGUGGCGUCCUGCGUGGUCAGCACGGUGCUGAAACACAGACAGAUCCGACCGCAUGUCAGAGCGCGGGUCAUCCAGCGCUGGAUAGACAUCGCUCAGGAGUGUCGAAUACGCAAAAACUUCUCGUCUCUGCGAGCCAUCGUAUCUGCACUGCAGUCCAACCCUCUGUACAGGCUGAAAAGGGCAUGGGCCUGUGUGCACAAAGACAGCAUGCAGACCUUUGAGGAACUGUCGGACAUCUUCUCCGAUCACAACAACUACCUGACCAGCAGAGAGCUCCUCAUGAGGGAAGGCACUUCAAAGUUUGCCAGUCUGGAGAGCUGUGCCAAGGAGCACCAGAAACGAACCCACAAGAGACUGCUGUUGCAGAAGGAAAUGGGAGCCAUGCAAGGAACGAUACCGUACCUGGGGACCUUUCUAACCGACCUGACCAUGCUGGAUACAGCCCUGCCCGACAUAGUAGAGGGUGGUCUGAACAACUUUGAGAAGAGACGCAGGGAGUUUGAGGUGAUCGCUCAGAUCAAGCUGCUCCAGUCGGCCUGCAACAGCUACUGUCUGUCUCCGGAGCCGGCUUUUCUCCGCUGGUUUAAGAGCCAGGCUUUGCUCAGUGAGGAGGAGAGCUAUGCCCUGUCCUGUGAGAUUGAAGGUCUCGGCGACAGCAGUCCAACCUUAGCAAAACCUCGAAAGAGCAUGGUGAAGAGACUGAGCCUGCUGUUUCUUGGUCCGGACAGUAGUAGUGCAGCCAGUUCUCCAGUCAGGGAGACGCCGCGCUCGCCUCCUACUGGCAGCUCAGGGGAGAGCAUGGACUCCGUCAGCGUGUCCUCCAGUGACUCUGGCAGCCCGUCAGACGGCGAGGGCCUCACCCCCACCCACACCUCCGACACCCAGCAGAACAAGCUAUCAGAAUCCUCCUCUUGUAAUUCUCUCCACUCCAUGGACACCAGCUCGUCGACAGCCAGCGUCUCCAUGACUCCCGCGUCCCCCCCACUGCCCGGGCCCCCCUGCACCCACAGACGCUCCAUGUCCCUCACGCCCUUGUCCCCCAGCUCCCCGAGUCAAAGCCCAGCCUAUAACACCCAGGCCCAAGAUGCAUGCAUCAUAAGAGUCAGUCUGGAGCACGGCAACGGGAAUCUCUACAAGAGCAUAUUGUUGACCAAUCAAGACAAGACUCCGGCUGUCAUUUCUAGAGCCAUGGCGAAGCACAACCUGGACGUGGAGCCAGAGGAGGGAUACGAGCUGGUGCAAGUCAUCUCUGAGGAGAGAGAACUGGUGAUCCCAGACAACGCCAACGUCUUUUACGCCAUGAACACCUCAGCUAACUUUGACUUCUUGCUGCGGGUGCGAGGUUCAGCGUCUCGGCCGGUUCAGCUGCGAAGCCGCUGCAGCUCCACCCUCCCUCGUGCUCAGCACCGCUCCACUCUGUCACUUAGACUCAGCAAGGUCACGCUGUGACCCUGGACUGCAGGAAGGGACCCGCUGGUUUGCCCUGACACCACUAAUCCAGGAUGAUACAGGGCACAGACUUGAUGUGAACUGUUGGGUUUUAGAUGAAGAGGCUGGAUGGAUGAAUGGAUGAGGAGCUCUGGAGGAUUCAAGAUGGAUCCCAAUGAGUUUUCAGACUCUCACUUUGACUUCUAGUCUCAUCCUGAACUGUGCCAUCCCUUCUCGUACUUUGACUCAGCCUUAAUUUUGAACAUGGAUGUGUAGAGUGACUGCUGUGCCAGUGGGACUUGACUUUUUGACUAGUAAUGCCUGUGGCAGUGAAACAGCGACCCCUCGUGGCCUCGACUCUUCACAGCAACAGGUUUUUGCACAUGUUAUGGGAGCAGCCAAACUCCUGACCUCCAACAGUAUUCUGAUAUUGAAUGAACUUCCUUUUGUCCUGUGUAGCUGAAUAUUUACUUUUCUGGAACUAGAAGUGUGAUGAAUGCAGAAGAAGAAGACUGAUGGUGGAAAAGAAGGAGAAGUGGACCGAGUGUCCAGUUCUGUUGCCUUAAUCGAUGAAUGAAUGGACGCUGAUAGUAUUCUGAAUGAGAUUAAUUAAUUAAUUAAUUAAUUGACAGGAGCUGUGAUGUCAUUAUUUUGCCUAGUCGGGCAUGUUUACCUGCCGUGUCUGACUUGUGCACAGUGUGCACCGUGUGUGUGUGUGUGUGUGUUCAGCGCCUCUAAUAUUGUGAGCUGUGUGACGAAUGUUACGUGCAUUCUGAUUGGUUCCCAUACUUGGUUUUAACAAGUCCUUGGCAACUAUUGAAAUGGCCUAUCUUUUAGGGUGCGGAGAUGAAAUUUUGUGCCGCUUUCUGAUCAGGAAAGACGUUCCCUCACAUCCUCACAUGUUUGACUCGUUAAGAUUAUUGUACAAGAACAGAGCGGGGGGGGGGGCGACUUCCUGGAGUAGAACACACCAUGAAAAGUGUCACAAACAUACUUGUACCUCUUUGCCCUUCAUCAUAUGAACUGUAGAGUUGCACUUGUCCGAUAGAUGCCAAUGGGAUGUGAAUACAGAAGAGUGAACAAGCCGCUGUGUAAAGUUGGUUUUUCUCCCUCUUCACUAAAUGAAUUACUAUUUGUGUUUGUAAUUGUUGCUUUUUAUAUGUUUUUGUAACACCAUUUAGGCCAGAAAUAUAUGCCAGAUUUAGAGAGUGAUAAAGUAAAUGUUCACAAAUUCAGAGCGUGUCAUAAAAAAAAAAAAAAAAAACCCCGGCAGUGCCAGAUUUGAAUGUGAUAGAUGUGGAAAUCUUUACAGAGGGACACUUCACUUCAUUACACACACACACAGAAGCCAAACCUCUUCACACAGUAAACACCCAUCUGUUUCCAACACCAUCAUAUUUCACAGCAACAUCACCAACACUUCCCACCCGUCUCACCACAGUGAUGCAUUUGCAGAUGAACACUCAGUCUAAGUCCAUUCCUGCAGAUCAUACAAUGUCCUGCUAUCGUGCCUAAUUUGUGCAGCCAGUUAAUGUUCCUCGGUUGAUUUUGCGUUCCCUCUGGGAGAAGUGGUUCACUGUUGUGUUAAUGGCCCAGUUGGCCCGUACAUUUGUCUUCAUGCAGCACUUCAUUUUAAUUUUUUUGUUUUUAAAUGUUCUCAUUAAAUCACGCUCAGUUCCUGUGUUCUUCACUGCCAAAGACUCUUCCUCUACCUGAAUAAAUAAAUUAUUAUCAUUA